AUGCUUAGCGCUCAUUGUCGGAAUGCACACGCACUAACACGGCCUCCUGCACGCACAGGUUCUGAUUGGUCAGAUGUCGGACACGAUGAGGACAUCCAUCCCAACACCCUCAGAGAAGCUGACGUCGACGGAGCCGACCUACACCAGGACAACUACGAGGAUGCAGACGUGUAUCCUCCUCGCAUCCUUGAGGAGACCCCCACUGACCCCCACCAUGAGACCUUGCUGGACACGCACAGACGACAGACGGGUGAGCCUGGCGUCAUUGCGGUGUCGCAGUGCGGCGAGCGUACUUCUGACGGCCAUUGCAGACUAAGAGCGACGGUGGGGGAGGUUCAGAAACGCUGCCCUGACAUGUUUCGUUGCUCGGACGAGGUUUCCUCCUGGCUUCACGAGAACCAGAACCACAAGGAGCAACUGGAGGAGAUGAGGGAGACCAUGUCAGAGCUGCAGGAGGAACUGAGAAAUCAUCGGCAUCGAGUCCAGGUCCUGGAGAUGCAGAGGGAGGAAAACCCUCAUCCAAACUCCACCUUUAACCAGCGUUUACACCCAGUGGAGAUGCGUCACGACGAGGCCAGGGCGCUGCUCCGCGUGCACGCGGCGCUGCUGCACGAGCUGCAGGUAGACGUCCGCAAUCUGUCUUCCGGCGUUCGCCACAUGAGUGCGAGCACGGGCUGCACUGCCACUGUCACCCGAGCCGGCAGGCUGCUGGGCAGGCGUGACACUUUAGUGCCAGACCGACACUUUGUGUCUUCCUGUCCGUCAGAUUGUGCGUCUCUGUAUCUGAGUGGUGUGCGACAUUCUGGUGUUUACACCAUUGUCUUGUCACCCGGUGCAAAUAUGCCAGUCUACUGCGACAUGGAGAUAGAAGGUGGAGGUUGGACGGUGCUCCAAAAGCGUCACGAUGGCUCAGUGAGCUUCAACCGUGGCUGGUCCGAGUAUCGCCAUGGCUUCGGUGACCCGUGGGGCGAACACUGGCUGGGCAACCAACAGCUCCAUCUGCUGUCCAACCAGGCGCACUACAGCCUACGCAUCGACAUGCAGGACUGGAGCCACGUCCACCGCCACGCCCUGUACAACAAUUUCAGGAUCGAGGAUGAGAAGAACCAGUACCGCCUCCAUGUGUCUGGUUACAGCGGAACCAUGGAGGACUCCUUUGCUUGGUACCACGACCAACGCGGCUUCAGCACGCCAGACACGGGCAAUGUCUGCGCCGAGAUCAGCCACAGUGGCUGGUGGUUCCACCAGUGCUUCUUCGCCAACCUCAACGGCGUCUACUACAAAGGAGGUCGUUACUCACUAAAGGCUCAGAACCUGCUCGGGCCGGACGGCAUCGUCUGGUUUUCCUGGAAGAACUCAGACUUCUACUCUCUCAAGGCCGUCUCCAUGAUGAUACGACCGCACAACUUUAGGCCGCGAGUGUCUCCGUAGCAAUGAAGAGCUCAUGACAAAGCUCCCUCGACCCCUUAGUGCUUCUAAAAUGGCACACGUGAGUUGCCCCAGAACAAUGCCCUGUGGUACACCCCAAAGUCUACCAGCAGCAAAAUCUGUAUUAACCCCGCAUUUCUUUGUGCAUCAUUUUUGUUAUUUUAUCUGCCGAGCAUACAAGCUAACUGCAUCAUAAACAAGAGAGAAGCAUUAUUUCUUUACAUGUUUAUUUAGUGACAGAGAAGUAGGUA